ACAUGCAGCAUGAUCAAAGUAUUCUCUCGAUUGUAAAACUGAAUGUCGGCGGUCAUUACUUCACCACAAGUCUUCAAACACUGACCAAAGAUCCAAACUCAAUGCUGGCCGCCAUGUUCUCAGGGAAGUUUGAAAUGGAACCUCGUGGAGACGGCGCUUUCUUUAUCGACCGAGAUGGAACUCACUUCCGGUUUAUACUCAAUUAUCUUCGCACUGGUAAAUUAACUUUACCAGAUGGAGCAACAUUUCUGAAAGAACUUGCCGAAGAAGCUGAGUUUUACCAAAUACAAGGGAUACUAGAUGAAUUGAAAUCGAUUUCGAGCGUGAAACUGAAUGUUGGUGGCCAUUACUUCACAACAACUCUCCAAACACUGACCAAAGAUCGAAACUCGAGGUUAGCCGCCAUGUUUUCAGGGAAGCAUGCCGAGAACGGCACCCUUUUCCUCGACAGGGAUGGAAAACACUUCCGGUUUAUACUUAAUUAUCUGCGGAACGGAGAGCUAGUCUUACCGGAUGGUGCAACGUUUGUAGAAGAACUUUUAACCGAAGCGGAGUUCUACCAGAUUAAAGGGAUACAAAUGAAGUUGAGUAUUAGAUCGGAGAUACUCACGAAUGAGGAACAUAUCAGCCUGCUGCUAAGUUGGUUGCCCUUGCUUGACUCAGGGAAGAGGCGACAUCGCUUUCGUCUUCUCUUCCGAGCUUCUCGAGAUGGCUUCGCAGCCGCAACCUUUCAUUCCAGAUGUGACAACAAAGGGCCCACUGUUACUAUUGUGAAGAGUGGAAAUAAUGUAUUUGGAGGUUUUACAGAACAGUCUUGGAAAUGUGAAAAUGGUCACUCAAGGUGUACUGAAGCAUUUUUAUUCAGUAUGAUCAACCCACAUGGGCAUCAACCAACUAAAAUACCGCUUACUCGUCCUUAUGAAAGCCGGUAUGGCAUCUCGUAUGGAUUUGACCAAGGACCAACGUUUGGCGGCAGGGAACGUGGCGGGCGUUGGGCCCUAAAAAUCUCAGACAAUGCAGACGUAUCAUAUAGUGAGUCUUGUGAUGAUGAUAACGCAUAUGAUUUUCCUCUAGAAAGCGAGCCUUUCUUUACAGGAUCUUCAAGAUUUGUUGUGACUGAUUACGAAGUGUUUUUACUUGAGUAA